UGUUGCGGCACUACAUUCAAAUUCGUUGCAGUUUGCAGCACAUGCCGGGAAUUCCAAACGGGUGAUUAGAAAAAAGAAAGAUUGAGGUUUUUAUCCGUUUCACUCGUCCGUUCGCUAAGUAUAAAGAGUGGUGCCAUUUCUGUCCAUAGCCAUUGUUUCACCAGAACUAAAGGCGAAAUGGUGCAUAUAGCGACUGAAAAGAAAACGCAGGAGGUGGCACCCAAGGCGCCCAGGCAGCUACAGUUGGGUGGGCACGUGGGUUUCGAUACACUUCCAGAUCAACUGGUUAACAAGAGCGUGCAGAACGGAUUCAGCUUCAACAUCCUGUGCAUCGGAGAGACUGCUCUCGGGAAGUCAACCCUGAUGGACACACUCUUUAACACCAGCUUUGGUGCCACACCCAGUCCGCACAGCCUGUCCAACGUAAAGCUUAAGGCGAACACCUACGAGCUGCAGGAGAGCAAUGUCCGGCUGAAGCUCACAAUUUGCGACACCAUUGGAUACGGAGAUCAGGUCAAUAAGGCGGACAGCUACAAGGCUCUCGUCGAAUACGUGGACAGCCAGUUCGAGGCGUAUUUGCAAGAGGAGCUUAAGAUCCAGCGCUCGAUGGCAAGUGCUCAGGAUGGGCGCGUUCACGCCUGCCUCUACUUCAUCUGUCCCACGGGCCAUGGACUCAAAGCCAUGGAUUUGGUGUGCAUGAAGCAACUGGACAGCCGGGUAAACAUCGUACCCGUAAUAGCCAAAGCUGACACUAUAUCAAAGUCGGAGCUGGCAGGGUUCAAGAAGCGGAUAAUGGAAGAACUGCGCCGGAACAAGGUGAGCAUCUACCAGUUUCCCACAGACGAUGAGACGGUGGCCGACAACAAUUCCUCUAUGAAUGGCCACCUGCCUUUUGCUGUUGUGGGAAGCACGGAAUUCGUAAAGGUGGCCGGAAAGCAGGUUCGUGCCCGUCAAUAUCCCUGGGGAGCGGUGCACAUCGAAAACGAGACGCAUUGCGAUUUUGUAAAAUUGCGCGAGAUGGUCAUCCGCACAAAUAUGGAGGAUCUGCGCGAGGUUACCCACACACGACACUAUGAGCUCUUCCGCCAGCGGCGCCUACAGCAAAUGGGUUUCGUGGACGUGGACAGCAACAACCAGCCCGUGUCCUUUCAGCAGACAUUCGAAUCUAAGCGCUCCGAUCACUUGGCCAGCCUGCAGGCCAAGGAGGAGGAGGUGAGGCAGAUGUUCGUGCAGCGAGUAAAACAGAAAGAAAACGAGCUAAAGGAGAGCGAGAAAGAGCUGCACACCAAGUUCGAGCGUUUGAAACGGGAGCACAUGGAAGAGAAGACCCAACUCGACGAGGCGCGUCGCCAGCUGGAGGAGGAGGUCCAGGAGCUGCAGCGGCGCAGGCUACAGUUUGCUAAUGGUACGCACACACUUACUUUGGGCAGGGGCAAAAAGAAGUAGCAAAUUAGUGUCUAAUUUUUAACGCUAUCUCGCUAAAACUUUACAAAAAAAGUGACUGUUAAGGUAAAAUAUUUAUAUAUAGCAAUGUCCUGGAUCGGAUGACCGGAUCAUAUAGCUGCUAUAGUAAAGGUUAAAAAAACCUACAAAAAUUUGUAGUUUAUUAACGCAUGCAUGCAUGCAAAAAAUAUAUGCAUCGUGAAUUAGUAGUUUUUACAGACUGAAAAUCGUUUGGGUUUUUUAACAUAUUUUUAGAAAUUAUAUUAUAGCAUUUUAGAUAUUAUCGUACAUCAUUUAUUAGGACCAUAUUUCUGUCAUGAAAAGAUUUAUAAAAUAAAUACAAACUCGACAAACCUUAUUCUUUAGACAUACUUAAUAAAAGAAGCAUAAUGCAGUACAAGUAAUAAAAUGCACUGUCAGUAUCAAACCAACAACUCAAAAAAUCUGGGUUAGAAAAAUUUUAAAACUUUUGGAUUUAACUCAUUUGUUUAAAAGAUUCAAGGAAUAUUAAAAUAUAAAUAUUAUAUAUAUACGUAUAUAAAUAUUUAAUAAAAAUAUAUAUUUUUAUGCGCA